AAGUUGCUUUGAUUCAGUACUGUCUUUAUCCUUUGACCUGAUUUGUGUUGUGAUCUCAGUAUAAGAUCUCCUUGACCGAUCCAUGUAACAAGAAAAUCUCAGUUACCACAAGCAUGGCCCAUUAUCGCCUCUUUUCCGCUUGGCCGCUACUUUAGUGCAAUUCUCAAGAUACUCGUCAAAGUUGGUGAAGUUUUUUUCGGCUUCCUCAGACUGUUAGACUUUCACAGUGUAUUUCCCUUGAUUUAUGAAACAUAAAGAGUGGAAUGAAUUUAUUUUCAAUUCGACAAUUGAUCAGUUUCACCAAUUUGGGAAUAAACAGUUUUUCACAGAGAUAUACAUGCGUCAUUGUUAUACGUAGGAAAGACAAUAAAUUAUAGCAUGAAAACUUUCCUUUCAAAUAGUAAAAUUAUGAGGUAUCAAAAAACGUCAUUUUUAGACUCUCGGAGAAAAGCAUUUCCGCCCAUAUUUAUACGCACUAACUUAGGGUGCGCAUUAUUUCUACUUUGCUGCCUAAAUAUGUCGGGCAUAUGUGGUUUAGAGUCAUCCAAUACAAGUUACGUCGACGAAUGCAAACUCGAUUGCUUGAGACUUAGGGAGCCCUUCUCGUGCGGAAAAUUCAGAGCCGUUCAAUGGCUUCACAACCUGACCAUGCAUAAGGAUAUUCGCUACGGGUCUCUCCGGUUGAUUCGAUUAUCCUCAGUGAUUGAGGAACCCGUUCUUCCUCAACUUCCGAGAUUCCGAGGUUUCGGAAGUUACUCAAAGUUUUUGACCUUCUUGCGAUCCAGUGUCGAGGACAUGUUGACCCAUCGAGCAUUGGUGUAUACUGUAGAGCAGCCUUCAAACGCGAGGAGUUUUUCGUCCGGACCAACGAUCCUCGACACAGAUGAGCUCGAAGAAUUUCUCGAAAGCGGAAGGUCGUCUGAAACCCGGCUGCUGCACAAGAAGAAGAAGAAGACGUUAUCGAUUAUUUUGCCGCUGCUUAUCCUCCUGAAGGUCAUCAAGUUAAAGUUGAUAUUGUUACCGAUUUUGAUCGGUGUGCACUUCAUUAAGAAGAUCCUUCUUAUCGGUGCUCUUGCAGUGACGUCGAUCAUCGCCAAUCUCAAAUACUGCAAGCUUCCUCCGGCGAAUCACCAUCCAGUUGCCUACAGUGCCUGGUCCACAGCUGCCGAAACACCGAUGGACUUCACAGCGUCUGGGCAUGAGGAUGAUGGCUGGAGUCAGAAAAUUGACGUGAUGGCUACGCAUGAGCCGGUAGUCGCCAACAUUCAACGCCAUCCGUACCGAGCUUAUUUCCCAAUUUUAAAGCAACAACAGAUUCACAACACAGUGUAAGCAGGCUGAAGACGCUGACGAUUUCUUUAAAGAGAGUUGAGAAGUCUGUUUUUUAACCAUCGAAUCGGUGUUCGCCAAGGAUUAUCGAUCGAUGUUGAACAUCGAUAUGAAUCUGGUCUUAGACUGAUUGAGAUCAAUAGGAUGCUGUUCAAGUAGUAUUUAUAUAUAGCU